AUGUCGCCAAUCGGCUUCAGUUGUAGAAAUGGCAGCGCUGAGACAGGAGCAUCGGUAUGGGCUCUCCUGUGGCAAAAUCAACAAAAACAACCCGAAUCAAAGUCUUUACCACGUCAAACUGACUGACACGGCUAUCCGGACCCUGGAAGCCUUCCAGAACCUGAAGGCUUCACUAUCAAACCAGCCAGCGAUUUGCUUCAAGGGGAGCCAGGGGUACAUAAAGAUCCCAGCACCAACCACUGAAGCUCCAGAUGGAUUCAGAGUCUUCUCAUUUUACCUUUCCAGAGACAGCAAAGACAAGCCUCAGUCCAGCUUUGACUGCAUUCGGCAGUUUAUCUCAGGGGAGGGCAGGGAUCACCUGGAGAGCCAGGGCAGCAUUCAAGACAAGAUCACUGUUUGUGCCACAGACGAUUCUUACCAGACCACGCGGGAGCGCAUGUCCCAGGUGGAGAAGGACAUCUGGAGCCGCACAGCUAUUGAGAUCAAGCCAGGACCAAGCAAGUGUGUGAAGGUGCAAAGAAAACAAGGCCUGGUCUCCGGCUCCGACAGCAUUAACAAGCACUCCCCGAGCAACAAGAGGCCCCUGCUCCCCAGCCCUGUGGCACAUCGGCCGUUAAGGGAUCGCAUCAUUCAUCUCCUGGCCCUAAAGCCCUACAGAAAGCCUGACAUGCUACUGUGGUUAGAGAGGGAGAGGGCCAGCCCUAAGGACAAGGCUGAUCUGACCUCCGUACUAGAAGAGGUUGGUAAACUGAAUCUUAAAGACAACAGCUACUCUCUGAAGGAUGAGCUUUUUAAACACGUCCAAAGAGACUGGCCUGGAUAUCUGGAAGAGGAGAAGCAACUUAUCCACAGGCUCCUCAUCAGGAAACUUCAGCCACUGCACAGUAACCAGUCGAGGAGUCCCCAGUCCAAUCAAUAUUUGCACAAAACUCUUGGGGAUUCUCCCUCACGACUCAGUCCUGCCAAAAAUCUCUCUGUGAAACGCUCACUUGCCUUGGACCCUUCUGACAUCCAAACCCCAAAAAAACAAAAGCUGUCAGAAAACUGUCUGCCCCUGCAGUCGCCCUCUCAUGCAGACUGUGGCACCAAUGGGGCUCGAAACUCCUCCAGUAACAGAAACUAUUGUGCGGUGACUAAAACCGAGCUGGCCAUAACCAAUAAUCAUCUUCAGGGAAACCCAGAUGGUUUGUAUUCACCACAGAAAGUCAGCACGCCGUCCGCUAUUUUCAAUCUAGAGGGGAAGGAACCAGCUCCCACUUUACCCAGUCCCAAGCCUCAACACAAUGGCACCUCUAUAUGCACUGAACAGCAGGUUGCCAAUGGCCAGCACAAAAAGAAAAGGUCCAAGAAACACAAAGACAAGGAGCGAGAUCGCUUAAAGCCAGCCUGGAUUGAGACUAGUCCAGACCUGAAGCAGAACCAAGAAAAUAAAGACCACGAGGGAGACAAAACUGAAGAACCACCCGACUAUUUAAAAAAAUACAGCACUGUAACGACACUGGAGCAGCAGCAACAGUAUCACAAUGACUUUUGUGCAGAGUACGAUGAAUAUAGAGCUCUUCACGACAGGAUCGGGUCCAUCACGGAGAUGUUUGUUCAGCUGGGCUCAAAGAUCAACACUCUCACGCCGGGAACACAGGAGUACAAGCUUAUGGAGGACCAAAUACUACAAAAGUAUCGAAAAUAUAAGAAAAAGUUUCCUGGGUAUCGGGAAGAGAAGAAGCGCUGCGAGUACCUUCACAAAAAACUGUCACAUAUCAAAGGCCUGAUUGCAGAAUAUGACAGAGCACAGGGACUAGUUUCCUAGUGAUUGCCCUCUACCCUCACCAGGUUGUAACAAAAGUGGACCAAACCAUCUCAAGGUGGACCCAAAGACUGCCCAGCCGGGUUCAGAAGAUGCUGAGACACUUCACUUUCCUCCUCAGAGUGUUAAUGGAAUAGAGAGUGUAAGGUUCUCUGUCAAAAGUGGGCCAGGACCACCUACUUUUGAUCAAAUGUUACACUUUAAAGCUCUUUUUAUGGCUGCAAGAGCUUGUUUCUGGUCUGACAUGACAAAUAUAAAGGAAAGGCCAACAGAUGUGAUCCUUCCUGCCUAACUACAUAAUUUUUUAAUUAUAUCUUUAAAACAGGUUGAAACUUUAAAGUAUUGAUUUGUAAGUAAUUAAGUGAUGGUACAAUCAAUCUUAGGGGUAUAAAAUUCCACUAAAGUGUUUAUAUUUAAAUACAAAAUUUGUGCAUUUUGAAGAUAGAAAAUAUAUUUAGGUGCAUCAAUUAUUCAGUUUACAAGAAAACAGGUUGACGAGAAAUAGAUCAUGCUAGUUAUAAAUGCACUGUAAGGCUUUUUAAAUUACAUAGACAAAAACUGGCAAAAUAAUCUACUGUAGAAUCUAUCUUGCUAAAAAUUCAUCCAAAAACCUGCAGAACUGAGACCUGAUCUGACAUUGAUCACUAAAGUAUAUGUGGAGUUGCUGCAAAGUUAAGGGUUGGAACCUGUGUCUUUGAGCUACAAUCAAAAUUUAAUGCUCGCUUAUGUUCUGUCUCAUUUCUCAGAAAUGCCACAAAAUGAAAACGUCAGAGUUUCUUUUUUAGUAAAUAUCUUUCUAAUGAGACUAUUGCCAUGAAAUUCACCAGAGGUCAGUAACAACCCAAGUAAUCCACACUUACAAAACUUUCAAUCCAAAUAAGUCUUUAAACUACGUGUAAAAAAGCAGAACGGCACAGGGGAUAUCGCUUACUUCAGUACUUAGUAAAAAAAAGCCUUUUUGGUAAUGACAAGCUGCUUCUUUGGUUAUCAUUGUCUUGUAUCCUUGUUUCACAUUUAGCAUCCUAGCAAUUGGUAGCAUUUUCUUUUUAAGAACGUUUUCCAACAUUUCUCCAGGGAUUCUUUCUUCAAUUAUAUGAAGUCUGCCAGUCGCCAUAUGCUGAAAAACAGUCCCACACGAUAGUGUUCCUACCUUCACACUUCACUGUUGGUAGGGUCUUUUUGAGGUAAUUCGAGUACCAAGUUCCCUCCAAACAUGGCAUGUUUGUAAUGAAGUUCAAAGUUUUGGUCUCAUUUGACCAGAACAUAUUCUCUUUGUAUUUCACUGGUCCGUCCAAAUGUUUUGCAGCAAAGUUUCAACAGGUUUCAAUGUGCUUUUUCUUCAAUAGUGGAGUUUGCACAGUACAUAUUGCAGCCAUAGCAGAUGAAUGCAUUAUUUCUUUGUCAGCAAUCUUGCAAAGAGCACUUGUUAUGGCUGGGUUAUGGUGAAAAGAUGUUCUUCACAUUUUAAUAGGCCUUUAGUCAGGAUUAAACUAUUAAUGAUAUUAAUUUCUACAGAUAAAAGGCAGUACUUUUCUUGGGUUUCAAUGCAUUCAUGCACCUCAUUUUCUACAAGUGAUAAUAUUGUGUUUCUUUCAAUUUUAUUACACAUAACUUCAUUCUGGGACUUACAUUUUUGAUUUAUUUGUAUGUGUGGAUUACUUGGGUAGUGACUGUCAUGGUGAAAUUUAUGUGGUUUGUGUCAACAAUUUAGUAAAAAUAAUACUGACAUGUUUGAUACCUAUCUUUCCCACUGUAUUAUCGCUGGAUUUCACAUAGUGCUGUGCACUUUUAGAGUCAGUUUCACACUAAUGUAGCCUACAUUGCCAUGAACUGCCUUUUUUUAUUACGAAAUGAUCAACUUAUUCAUCACUUGAGUCUUUUUAAAACAGGUUUACUUCUUUAGAAAUAAUGCUGUUCACACUAUAGAUGGAUGAUCAUUUUACUGUAUAAUUUUACUGCUGUUAAGGGCCUGGCUAAGUUCAAUGUGAGGUUUGGCUAAAAACAAUACAAUCUUACUAUACAAACGUAUAUGAGCGCUACAUUUAGGUGUUAUUCACACAAAUGUCACUGAAGUGUGUAAUUUAAGAGCCCACAAGAGGUUGGUUCUGCAAGGCUCUCAGUCCAAACUGCUUGGCUUCAGCUAAAUGUAAUGACAACUGAGAACACAAAGGGGUGCAUAUGAGGAUUUUAGAUGCUCAUAUAUAUAUAAAAUCUCAAGGUACAUCUGAUCAGCUACAAUCUGCAUUUUUGAUUUAACCCUAACCUCUGGUUCUGACAUAGAAAUUAGAGGACUUUUAGUUUGUCUCUGACCAUUUGCAUCACAGUAGCAGUACUCACGCCUGUUAUCUUAAGUGUCUUAUUAUGGAUAAAUGAAGUUUAACAUUUGCCUUGACAUGCACUGUAUAUGUCAGACAUUUCCAACUAUCCUGGUUGCCUGUGUCGCUCUAUGGUUCUGGUUUAUCUUGCAUAGUUCAGUGUUCUCCAAUCAUUUCUAUAAAUGGCUUUUAGUCCAGUUGUAGUUUUAGUUAUUGGUUAGUUCUUAUGUAGAAGUGGUCAAUUUGUUUUGUUUCUGUUUGUGCCAUGUACUUAUGUUUUGAUUUUUCCAUCAUUUGUUGUCUUAGUGUCUGGGUUAAUCAGACUGUACAGGAAUUUCAUUUUACCAUUCAAUUCUUUCAAAUUCCACUAUAGAAAACACAGAAUACCUGCAGAAAUCUAUAUAAAAUAAUUCGCUUUGCUUCUGAUGAUUUCUCAGUACAGAAAUUCUAAUGCAAAAUGUUUAGCAGAGUUUUUUGUCAUCAAACAAACCUUUUUAUAUGCGGUAUUGUGGUAUGUUUGAAGGAUUUGAGUAACACUUUGAGCACAUGUGAACCAACAACAAUUAUUGGCACUGACUACUGGAGCACAAAUAACUGUUAUCCUACAAGUUUUAAACCAGUUUCAAAAACUGAAAAUCAAAACAGACAGAUACAUAAUAAAAAUGCAAGAGCACAACUUAAAUACAUACUCAAAAUGAUUUAUUGGCAUUUUGCAGCGUUCCUUACUUGAAUUGGUCUUUCUUACUACUAUACAAAAAAAUGAACUGAAACAUUUAAGCAUGAUAAGUAUAGGUAAUAUUUUAUGAGGGAAAAAACUGUAAAUCUGACAGAAUAUGUACUAAUUGUGAAUUUUUUUAUUAUUUUUUAUUAACCUGUUGCAGGAACCAACUACUGAAGGUGCCUUUUCACUCAGAAAGGAGACAGAUUCAUCAUUAAUUAUUGAUUUACUGGGAAAAGUUUGACACUGUUGCCACUUUUUGAAAGUGCUUCAACCUAUUUUUGAUUAAUCUCAGAAGAUACCUUGCACAAUAUAUUGCAACAGGCAUAUUUAAUAAAUUAGAUAAAAGUUUUCCAGUGAUACAGACUUGGCCGUAUUGAGGCUCAUUUGGACACUAAAUAAAAGCCAGGUAUCCGCUUACAUGCACUUUUGAAGCAAAGGUCUAGAUUUCGGUUUUAUUUCAUCUUCCAAGUCAGUAAACUGCUUCCACAUUUUUUCCAUGAAGGUGUGCUUUAAUGGAUUGCUGGUACUAGCAACACCAGUGGAAAUGUGAACUAAAAGGUUUUGUCGACUAUAUAUUACAGCAUUCUCUCUGCUUGGAACAAUUUUAUUUAUUGCUCUGUAUGUCUGUACAUUUUUGGGGGAUUAUUUUGUGCAUUGUUUGGUCAUUCUUUGCACAGCCAAACUAAACCAUUGAAAGAGACAAUGGGAUAUACUGUAUUUUCGCAAUAUCCGGAUGCUUUAUCAUGUCAUCCUCUUGAAAAUAAUCUUUUACAACAUGUUUUGUCUCAAUGAAAUUCAAAUUAAAACCUUUUCAAUUGUA